AUGUGGAACUUCUACAAGAAGACCCCUAAGAUAUGGUUCUCUGACCAAGGAGGGGAGUUCAACAACAAGGAACUUGCCAGGGAAGCCCAGGCUGAAGGCAUCAGAUGGGAUUUCUCAGCCCCAUACACUCCUGAGCAGAAUGGGAUUGCAGAAGCUUCCAACAAGCAUUUUGCUAUGAAGCAUUCAUGCUACAUCACCAACAGACUCUACAACCUUACCGCCAAGAAGAUCCCAAUCCAGGACUUUGGAGAAGACCUUGGGCUGGGGGUCAGGGAGGUUGACCUGAGCAACAUCAGGAGGUUUGGGUGCAAGGCAUUUAGAAACUUGGACAACAAGCAAGAUUCAGCCAAGUUCAUGCCCAGAGCAGAGAUAUGGUGGUAUGUUGGAUUCCAGGAAGACUCCUCAACCAACUACCUGCUCUAG